AUGUCUCGUGUGGCGACCUACGUGUUUCUAGAUCUUGAGACUACAGGGCUCCCUUCAGAAGAGAUUGGUAAAACUCGCAUUGCCGAAAUUAGUUUAAUUGCCGUGAAACGUAACCAUUUCCUUGAUACUAAACAAGGAAAUAUGCCUCGCGUUCAACAUAAGGUUACACUUUGUCUCAAUCCACUGCGGAUGAUUCAGCCUGAAGCAACAGAAAUCACAGGCCUGUGCAAUGAGUUACUAGAACACGAGCCGGCGUUUGAACAAAAUGUUUUCAACAUAUUAAACACCUUUCUUAAUAUGCUUUCAAAACCAGUGUGUCUUAUUGCCCAAAAUGGACUUGGUUUUGAUUUUCCGAUUCUCAAGCGUCACAUAGAUAUACUUGGCAAGAAGUUUGCUGAAGAUUUACUAUGUGCUGACUGUUACCACGGAUUUUAUGAUAUUCUGCAGAAAGACAAUUAUAGUAAAAUAAAAAUGCCUAUUGUGGGUAUCUCAUCCAUAAGUGAUGUUACUGAAGUAGACAGCUUAUCAAUCCAUACAUUAGGUGAAACUCUAUUACAUUCUGAAAACACAUUGUGGAUGAAAGCCAUAAAUGAAUCAACUCCAGUUAAACAAAAAUUAACUAAAGAAAUUUCAAGAAGUAACAUACUUAAGGCCAAACGUAGAUUUCCAUGGAGCAAAGGAAAUCAGCCAAGAGAAAAGUAUAAGUUAAAAAAUAUACAUGAAAGACUCUUAAAUCGUCAAAAUGUGGAAGCCCAUCAUGCUGAGAAUGACUGUAUAAUGGCUUUGGAAUGUGCUGUAGUAUUGGGCAAACAUUUUAGUGAGUGGGUGGAUAAUAACUGUGUGCCCUUCUCAAUAAUAAAACCUAUGACACCUGGUGUUCCAUUAGGAUACUGA